AUGAACGAAGUCAAUCGUCCCACAUUCACCGAAAAAUUCGUCGCUUCCGUCUAUCUGGUCAUGUUCCUCGUCGGUUUCUCAGCAAACAUGCUUGUCAUUCUAGUCCUGCUCCUUACCCACGGGUCGCUAAAAGCACCAGCGGGAUUGUAUGUUCUGCACUUGGCAGUGGCGGAUUCGCUGUUGCUCAUAUCAUUGCCCUUUGCAGCUGAUAAUAGGCUUCGCGGGACAUGGAUUUUUGGCAGAAUUGCGUCUGUGGAUCGAUACUUAUCAGUCUGUCGCCGAGUUUCCUACAAGUGGAGGCAAACAGUAACCAACUCAAUUUGCGCUGGCGUCUGGCUCGUAUCCAUUCUCACUGUCGCUCCGCUUGUAAUGUACUCUGACAUCGCCUACCGAGAUCCGGAAGACAAUCAGAAUGCCCGCUGCAUCGUUGCUUUUCCCGAUAUCAUGAACCAAGUCAACCCUCUUGGUCUAAAUGGAACUUCGGAUUUUGAGGAUUCACAUCAUUUUUACAUCGGGGGUAACUCGACGUUUUUCGUUGUCACUGGACAUCAUCAUUCGCACCCGUUUAGCUUGUUCCAAGCUGAUGGGGACCAUGGAGCGCUAGAAAGCCACUGCCUCAGCAACGGAUCAAAGCAAUUCAGAAACUACAUGUACAUCAUCACAGCGGUCGGCUUCGUUAUUCCACUCGCCAUCGUCAUCUUCUGCUACACCAACAUCCUCUCCAUCAUGGCUUCCUCCCAGAAAAAACUCGGCAAAUCCGACGCCAAAGCAAAAGACGUAGCUGGAAUUCUUAAACAACUGCGCAAAGACGAACACCGAAAGCAAAAAGUCUCAAAGCUCAAGGGAAUGCCUCCGCGACGAAAAGUGACAGUUUUAGUCGCGAAUCUAGUGAUUUCCUUCGUCUGCUGCUGGCUGCCGUUUCACUUUUGGCACAUUGUCAGGCUAAGUGGCCUGGAUUUGUCGGAACAUCACUUUUGCGCCAAAAUUAGAGAUCUGACAUUUUGGUAA